UUUCUGCGUUUCUUUCAGUGCUGUCAACUGCUUCAGUUAAACCAUGUGAGAAACGGAAUAAUUGCAUCGGAUGUAAAGUCAAGGCAAACACACAUUUUCGUCUAAUCAGCUCUUGAAGAAAAAAAUGAAUAACUUUCAAGAAAACAGCAUUAAAAUAGUAAACCUUUAAAAGAAGAGGGAUUAUAAUAUAAUUUAGAACAUCUUUUCUAUAAAACACGAACUUUACUGUGGGCUUUGCUGACCCGGAUUGGUGUUUGUUUUUAUGCAAUAUAUUUUGCAUUAUUUAUUUUUUAACCUGGUGCAGUCGCCGCAAUUGCUACAUAGGGAACACCCCUAUUUUUUCAGGAUUCCGGGGGUUUUCUUCCUUUUUUCUGCUUUGCAAGAAAAAUAACGUUUGUGGAUUAUAUAUAUAUAUUUUUAAUAAUAUUGCGAGAAAUAACGGAUAAGCGUGUACUGAUAACUUCGGUAAUUGUCAUUGUCAGGAGCUGCAGUUGCUUUCCAAAUGAGAGCAGCUCUCCACUUGCCGUCAGGUGUCUGCUUCAGAGCGGUGUGGGAGGCAAGGCGCUAAAUAUUGGCUGACGUCUUAUUGCAAGCAUUUCAUCUACCUUCAGGGAGGACGGGGACUCCUAAUUUCUUAUACGGUUGAAGAGUUCUGGAGGAUUUUUGGAUAUAGCUGCAGACCUGCCCAUUCUCGCUGUUCGUAUAGCAUUUUGUUGACUUGAAGUUGGAUACAAAGCAUUCUGUACUUCCGACAUUCAGUAACGAGAUGAUGAAUGUAUGAAGAGAAAUCACUACCUUCUCUUUUUAUGUCCUGCGCGCAGACCUCUCCUGUGUACGUUUUGAAAAUCCAAACAGUUUACAAUAAUCAAAUAACAUUUUGACCCGAGCUGUACAAGGCACCGACAGCAACACCAGCGUUUUUAAUAUAUAGUGUGGCGAACUUUUUUCUGUGACUUAACUACUGCAGUAUCAAAGAUCCAAUCAGUACGUGUACUGCACUUCUGUUGCCUGAAGAAGUGACUUUGUUUCAAGGAAGCUGCUGUGCUCACACAGGCAAACGACUUCAGACCUCUGCAUCGAAGUGCUUAAAAGGAAAACCUCUUGUUUUCUCUUCAUCUCACUUACCGGUGGUUUCUUAGAAUCUAAAUCUGUAUUCCGUCGUGUGAUUGACAUUGUGUCUUGUGAAACGCAGACUUUCAUCUAGCUUUGAUUGCGCUCUUCAUAUCGCCGAGAGACCAUUUACUGCUGAAAAUGCUCGUGUAUCGUAUCUUGUCCCUUUCACUUGGGCUGUUGCUGGUUGUUUUAAGUGCAGUGGAGCCCCAGCCGUGCCCAGCUCCAUGCUCUUGCUCCGGCACCACGGUGGACUGCCACGGACAGGGAUUGCGCAACGUGCCGCGGAACAUCCCCAGGAACACCGAGAGACUAGAUUUGAAUGCAAAUAACCUCACAAGAAUUACAAAGUCUGAUUUUGCAGGACUAAGGCAUUUAAGAGUCCUGCAACUCAUGGAGAAUAAGAUCAGCACGAUUGAGAGGGGAGCAUUCCAGGAUUUGAAAGAGCUAGAAAGACUGCGACUGAAUAGGAAUAAUCUACAAGUGCUGCCAGAACUACUUUUCCUUGGAACAAUGAAGCUGUACAGACUAGAUCUCAGUGAAAAUCAGAUCCAGGGUAUUCCAAGGAAAGCAUUCAGAGGUGCUGUUGAUAUAAAAAAUCUGCAACUGGAUUACAACCAGAUCAGCUGUAUCGAGGAUGGGGCGUUCAGGGCUCUGCGCGACCUGGAAGUGCUCACACUUAAUAACAACAACAUCACUCGCCUCUCUGUUGCAAGCUUCAACCAUAUGCCCAAGCUCAGGACUUUUCGCCUUCAUUCUAACCACCUCUACUGUGACUGUAAUGUGGCCUGGCUUUCUGAUUGGCUACGUCAGAGGCCGCGAGUUGGGCUCUACACACAAUGCAUGGGACCCAGCCACCUGAGGGGUCACAAUGUUGCUGAGGUGCAAAAGAAAGAAUUUGUAUGCUCUGAUGACGAGGAAGGUCAACAGUCUUCUCCAUCCUGCAGUGUUCUACAGUGUCCGGAUUCCUGCACAUGCAGCAACAAUAUUGUGGACUGUCGUGGAAAAGGUCUGACUGAGAUUCCAACAAACCUCCCCGAAACCAUUACGGAAAUCCGCUUGGAGCAGAAUGCAAUCAAGGUCAUCCCUCCAGGAGCUUUUUCUCCAUACAAAAAACUGAGAAGAAUAGACCUGAGCAAUAACCAGAUUUCUGAAUUAGCACCAGAUGCCUUCCAGGGCCUGCGUUCUCUCAACUCCUUAGUGCUGUAUGGAAACAAAAUCACAGAACUCCCCAAAAGCCUAUUUGAGGGUCUCUUCGCACUGCAGUUACUGCUGCUUAAUGCUAACAAGAUUAACUGCCUGCGUGUGGAUGCAUUUCAAGAUCUGCACAAUCUGAACCUGCUCUCUCUUUAUGACAACAAACUCCAGACAAUUGCCAAAGGAACCUUUGCAUCUCUUCGAGCAAUUCAGACAUUGCACUUGGCCCAGAACCCAUUUAUCUGUGACUGCCAUCUGAAAUGGCUUGCUGAUUAUCUUCAUGACAACCCCAUUGAGACAAGUGGUGCCCGCUGCACCAGUCCUCGUCGGCUGGCCAACAAGAGAAUCGGUCAGAUUAAGAGCAAGAAGUUCCGCUGCUCAGCAAAUGAACAGUAUUUCAUUCCAGGAGUUCAUCAUUUCGGCUGUACCGAGGAUUACAGAUCCAAGCUUGGAGGUGAUUGCUUUGCAGACCUUGCGUGUCCCGAGAAAUGCAGAUGUGAGGGAACCACUGUGGACUGUUCCAAUCAAAAACUCACCAAAAUUCCAGAACACAUUCCUCAGUACACGGCUGAGCUACGUCUGAACAACAAUGAGUUCACAGUUCUUGAAGCAACUGGGAUUUUCAAGAAACUCCCUCAGCUCCGCAAAAUAAACUUGAGCAAUAAUAAGAUCACAGAUAUUGAGGAAGGAGCUUUUGAGGGUGCUGCUGGUGUCAAUGAGCUCAUUCUGACCAGCAACCGACUGGAAAAUGUGCAUUUCCGAAUGCUGAAAGGACUCAGUGGGCUGAGAACUCUGAUGCUAAGAAGCAAUCGGAUUAGCUGUGUGGGCAAUAACAGCUUCACUGGACUGAGCUCUGUGAGACUGCUCUCCCUCUAUGACAAUCAGAUCACCACCAUGGCACCUGGUUCCUUUGAUACACUGCACUCCCUAUCAACUUUGAAUCUACUUGCGAAUCCCUUCAACUGCAAUUGCCACCUAGCCUGGCUUGGGGAGUGGCUGAGGAAGAAGAGAAUUGUCACAGGGAAUCCCAGGUGCCAGAACCCCUACUUCCUGAAGGAGAUUCCCAUCCAGGAUGUUGCCAUUCAGGACUUCACUUGUGAUGAUGGCAAUGAUGAUAACAGUUGCUCCCCACUCGCUCGCUGUCCGGCUGAAUGUACCUGUUUAGACACUGUAGUCCGAUGCAGCAACAAAGGAUUGAAAGCUCUGCCAAAGGCCCUCCCCAAAGAAGUGACAGAACUCUAUCUGGAUGGAAACCAGUUCACUCAAGUUCCAAGAGAGCUCUCUAAUUUCAAGCAUUUAACACUCAUUGAUUUAAGUAACAACCAGAUCAGCACUUUGUCAAACCAGAGCUUCAGCAACAUGACUGAACUGCUGACUCUAAUUUUAAGCUACAAUCGACUAAGGUGUAUACCUAUCAAAGCUUUCGAUGGCUUGAAGACUCUACGGUUAUUGUCUCUUCAUGGCAACGAUAUUGCCAUUAUUCCAGAGGGGGCCUUCCAUGAUCUCUCCUCACUGUCACAUCUUGCUCUUGGUGCCAAUCCCUUGUACUGUGACUGUAACAUGCAGUGGCUUUCAGAAUGGGUAAAAUCAGGCUACAAGGAACCAGGUAUUGCUCGCUGUGCUGGGCCUGGUGAAAUGACUGACAAGCUGCUGCUCACUACCCCAUCCAAGAAGUUUACAUGUCAAGCCAUUCCGGGACCAUGUGGUUUCCUGGUGCCAGGUCCAGUGGAUGUUACCAUUCUUGCCAAGUGUAAUCCAUGUCUGUCGAACCCUUGCAGAAAUGAUGGCACAUGUAAUAAUGACCCAGUUGACUUCUACAGGUGCACAUGUCCCUAUGGUUUUAAGGGACAGGACUGUGACGUUCCUAUCCAUGCCUGCAUCAGCAAUCCCUGUGGAAAUGGUGGCACUUGUCACCUGAAGGAGGGCGAGAAGGGUGGCUUUUGGUGUAAGUGUGCUGAUGGAUUUGAAGGCGAGACUUGUGAGAUUAAUAUUGAUGACUGUGAGGAUAAUGACUGUGAAAACAACUCUACUUGCAUAGAUGGAAUCAACAAUUACACCUGUCUCUGCCCCCCUGAAUACACAGCUGCUAAUCUCAAUGAGGUGGAAAAAGGUGAGCUGUGUGAGGAAAAGUUGGAUUUCUGUGCUCCUGAGCUGAACCUCUGUCAGCAUGACUCUAAGUGCAUCUUGACACCCAAAGGAUACAAAUGUGAGUGCAUGCCUGGGUAUGUUGGGGACCAGUGUGACAUCGACUUUGAUGACUGCCAGGAAAAUAAAUGCAAAAAUGGAGCCCAUUGCAUCGAUGCAGUAAAUGGCUAUACCUGUGUGUGCCCUGAGGGAUAUAGUGGCUUAUUUUGUGAGUUUUCUCCACCAAUGGUCUUACCGCGCACAAGCCCUUGUGACAACUAUGAGUGUCGAAAUGGAGCCCAGUGCUUCGUAAAGGACACAGACCCUGAGUGCCAGUGUUUGCAGGGAUACCACGGGGAGAAGUGCGAGAAGCUUAUCAGCGUCAACUUUGUGGACAGGGAGUCCUUUCUGCAGAUCCCAUCCUCCCUGAUUGACUCACAGGCCAACAUUUCGUUGCAGAUUGCAACAGAUGAAGAUAAUGGAAUUUUGAUGUACAAAGGGGACAAUGACCACAUUGCUGUAGAGCUGUAUAGGGGACGAUUACGUGUCAGUUAUGACACUGGGUCUUAUCCACCGUCAGCUAUUUACAGUGUUGAAACAAUUAAUGACGGAAACUUCCAUGUAGUGGAACUUGUGGCUCUUGACCAGACGCUUUCUCUCUCAAUCGAUGGAGGGAGUCCCAAAAGUAUCAGCACCCUGUCCCCACAGUCCACACUGAGCCUUGAUUCGCCUCUCUAUGUCGGAGGAAUGCCUGUGAAGACAAAUGUGGCGGCACUUCGUCAAGGUCCAGGCCAGAAUGGUACAAGCUUUCAUGGGUGCAUCCGGAACUUGUAUAUCAACAAUGAGCUGCAGGAUUUCAGCAAGUUCCAGUUGCAAGCGGGGAUUUUGCCAGGGUGUGAGCCUUGCCAGAAGAAAGUAUGUGUGCAUGGAACCUGUCAUGCCACAGGACAGUCCAGCUUCACCUGCGAAUGUGAGGGGGGUUGGACUGGAGUGCUGUGUGACCAGCAAACUAACGACCCCUGUCAUGGCAACAAGUGUAUCCAUGGGACCUGUGUGUCUAUCAACGCAUUCUCAUACAGCUGCAAGUGCCAGCCAGGCUAUGGGGGUGUGUUGUGCGAUGAAGAGGAAGAUGUCUUUAACCCUUGCCAAUCCAUUAAGUGCAAACAUGGAAAAUGCAGACUUUCAGGCCUGGGCAAGCCCUACUGUGAGUGUAACAGUGGAUACACCGGAGACAGCUGUGACAGAGAGAUCUUUUGUCGAGGGGAACGGGUCCGAGAUAACUAUCAGAAACAGCAGGGGUAUGCCGCGUGCCAGACCACCAAAAAGGUCUCACGGCUAGAAUGUCGUGGAGGCUGCUCCAUCGGCCAGUGCUGUGGACCUCUAAGAAGCAAGCGCCGGAAAUACACUUUUGAAUGCACCGACGGGUCUUCGUUUGUGGAGGAAGUUGAGAAAGUGGUGAAGUGUGGCUGUACAAAAUGUCCUUCAUAAUUUUCUGUUGUGUUACAUGUCCCCCUUUUUUUAAAGGAAGAAAAAGCAAGAGUACCUUUUGACAGUGCUGGACUAAUUAAUGCUUCCAUAGUGGAAAUAUUGAAAUAUAUUGUAAAGUACAAAACAGACUUAUUUUUUAUUAUCAAGAGGAAAGAAAAAAAAACACAGAGUUGACUCUAUUCUUCAUUUGCCAUUACUCCAGGAUGUGGUACAUUUAUUUUGUUUCCGAGAAGAACUGGGUCUUGUCUGUCGCAGAUGAAGAAAUGAAGAUAACAGUUGGCCGUUUAAGGUUUUAUCAAUCGUUUUUGAUUUUCCACUUCACAUGACUUUUAGUAACUGUAUCAUGACAGACAAACGCAUCAUGAUAUGUAGUAUACAGCUUCAAAUUUCAAAAGGUGAAAGUAAAAUGAACAACAGAUACAGAGAGGAGAUAUGAUGUACAGCUACAGCCUGGUCUUCUUUACUUCGUGUUUGAUGACAGUGGUGUUUAGAAAAAUCUUUUACCUUUUGAAAAGGAAAGAACAAAGUGAAUCCCAAAGGAGGACUGUGCCUGAGAAAUCUUGUUUUUAAAUAGAAAUUUCAUUCGUUGAAACUGAUCUACUGAAGGCCAUAAACUGCAGUAUAGCGGAAAGCUUGUUGUAAAUGUGCAUUUAGUAUAUCAUGAAUUUUACUCGCACAUGUCAAUGGUACAAUAGCGGAAAUUUAAAUAUUUAGCGAGCCUUGUUUCCAGUAUUAAUUCUUUGUAAUUUAAAUGUUAAAGGGAAGGGAGGGGGGAGGGCAUAAUAAAUAUAGAUUAAUAAUGUAUGAUUAGUAAUUUGGUUUAAAGAUAAGUCUUGUCCUUUUUAUGUGUCUUCUGACUUUUGGCGCAGUAUUCAAAAUAUCACUGACAAAUAUUUAUUGUAUCAAAAAUAUGUUUACUUAUCUUUGUAGAUCUUCCCUUAUACUACAGUUUGAGUCUUUUAAUAUAUAUUAAUUUAUAUUUGUCCUGAUAUUUUUAUAUUUAAAAAGACAAUUAAAAUCAGGAUUUGGUGGGAUAGAUGAACUAACUAAUAGCAUGUCCCAUUUAGACGUUUUGUUUUUAGCUCUAUAUUUGACCACUGGUAUUGUUGUCUGCUCCUGAAUCUGUGUUACAUUUUAAACAUAAAGUGUUAAAUGUAACAGAACAUUGUAUAUUUUUGUCAAAUCUCCUCAGAAUUUGUACUGUGCCAGAAAUAAAGGUCUUUAUACUAGAUUAUAAUUGUAUAGAGGUAACUUUUCCCAACAUAUUUUACACAGAUGAAAUGGUGUUUAGAAAAUUAUCAUAGGAGAAAAUAGCUCUCUUUUUACAAACAUGAUUUUCCUUGGAGUUCCUUACCUUUUUAACAAACUACGCUAAGAAAACUGUGACUUUUUCUAAAAAAAAAAUACUUUGUUAUCCCUAUGUUUCCAAUGUUAACAUGUUGCUGCUAAAUUUGUAAUGUAGAUUUUGAUUAUAAUAUGUAUGGUAGUGGAAUGUGCUCUGCCUUCAUUAAAAAAGAGCACACUGUAUAACAAAGAUUUGUUUUCCUGACUUUUUUAUGAAAAACAAAACAAACUAGGUGUCCAUGUUAAAUGAAUUGUGUUUUGUCUUACCUGGACUAAUAUCAGUAUUGCUGCUGAUGUUUGUAAAUUAAACAGGAUCUUUACUUCA